AUGGCGUUGCCUAUGAAGAAGACCGCGAUGAAGGCAACGAAGUCGCCAGCCAUGAAGGCCAAGGCCAUGAAGCGAAUGAAGGUGAUGAAGAAGAAAGCCGUCAGCAAAAUCGCCCGUGGCAAGCUGGCGAAGGCAGCUGUCUUCCAGGGCCGCAAGGAGAAGACCGCGACAGGCCUCCAGAAGAUGCACCUCAUGAAGAACAAGUAUGGCAAGGUGGUGAGCAAGAAGAAGCACGCCAGCGGCAAGCUGUUCCAGAAGUUGGGGCAGAAGUGGAUCACCGCAGUGAUGACAGCGAGAAAAGAGCUGGGCAUGAAAGGCUUCUGCGCAGUAGGCGGCAAGAGUGCUCAGGGCAAGGCGCUCUAUGCCAAGGCCAAAGCGCUUUAUGCAGCAUGA